AAACUGGUAAACUUGACCGUGCUUUUCAAGAAUAGAUACGGCAUGCUACUUAAUCCGAACUCACGUAGAUAUUAACAUUUUGGAAAGAUAGCUGGAGAUGGCGGCCGUCCUGUUGCAGGCUCUGGAGCGGGCGGAGUUGAACAAACUCCCCAAGGGUGUCCAAAACAAGUUGGAGAAGUUUGUAACGGAGCUACAGAACGCUAACGAGGCGCUCCUAACUCAACAGGAGCGAUUCAAAACAGACAGUGAACAGCAGUACUUUGACAUUGAGAAAAAAUUUGGGGAAAGUCAGGAACAGAUCCUGUCUGUCACUAGAGAGCUGCAGACAAUUAAGGAGGAAAAUAAAAAGCUAAAUGAAGAGCUGAAUGCUCUAAAGGGAAUUGAAGGGGACAUUCCUGAAGAUAAAACCCAGCAACAGCAGCCCAAAUCCAAGUAUGAGCUUGAGGCAGAAAAAAGAGAACUGGCACGGCUGCUGGAGAAAAGAACUCAAGAGGUGGAGAACUUGACUGAAGAUACAAAGCGGCUGAAUGAAAAACUGAUGGAGACAAACAAAGCCAAAGUGGACUUGCAGUUUAAACUGGAUGAGGUCCAGUCCUCUGAGACCUCUUUGCAGCACCGAGAGAAGCGUAUACAGCAGGAAAAGGAGCUGCUGGAUAAAAAAAACGAGUGGUUAUCUGCGGAACUCAAGAGCAAAACUGAGGAGCUGCUGAGCACUAACAGAGAAACAGGCAAAAAGAUUCUGGAGCUCCAGGGUAAUGUGAAAAGCAAGACCGAGCAGGUGAACCAACUCGAAAGUCAACUCAGUUGUUUGAAGCAGUCCAGUGAAAACCAGCAUAAACGAGCUGAAGACCUCAACAACAAACUGAAACGGGCUAAAGAUGAACUGAGUACCAUGGAUGAGAAAUACCAGAAUGAGCUUAAUGCUCAUGUCAAGUUGUCUUCUCUCUACAAGGGAGUAGCGGCAGACAUGGAAACUAACAAUCAAGAACUGAACAGAGCAGUGGAGGAACUGAGCAAAUUGGUUAAAAACACUGCAGAAGCUAACAACAUGCUGGAAAAGAAGCUGGCUGAUGCAGAGGAGCAGAAAAAACAGUUAGAGGCAGAACUUGGAGAAAAGAUCAAGAAAAUGGAGAAGGAGCUGGAAAACUCUCAGAUGAAGGCAUCUGGAAAAUAUUGCUGUGCACUCUCACUGACUGAGGAGCAACUGGAAUCGAUGUGUCCGUCUGCAGCCGCCAUUUCUGGAAUUGUCAAGCCUGGCAUGAAGUUCUUCGAUCUUUAUAAUGCAUAUUCUGAGUGUCAGACUCAGCUGCAGCUUGAGAAGCAGGAGACCAGAAGGGUGAGCAAAGUGUUGAAUGAGGUUAUCCAAGAGGUGGAGUCCAAAGCACCUAUUCUCAGACGUCAGAGGGAGGAGUAUGAGACCAUGCAGAGUUCAGUGGCCUCCCUAUGGAACAAACUGGAGCACGCUCAAGCGGAUAUAUACACUUUACAGAAAGAGAAAGAAGAGGCCAGGCAACAAUGUGACGGCUUGGAAAAGGACAAGUUGAGGACAGAGGGACUGUUGGAUGAUACCUCUACACAAGUGUGUGCAUUGCUGGUAGAACUCGAGGAAGCGCGUGGUCAUCAAGUGAGCAAAGACUAUGGCGGUUCCUCUAAUACACCAGGCCAGGUUGUCAGGCCGUACCAGAUUUCCUUCAGUAGUGUAGAGGAGCUCCAGACACAAAACAGAAACCUGCUGGAAAGGCUGAGGAAACAAGAAGAAGAGAACACAAGGCAGCAAACCCAUACAACAUCAGAACGUGUGUCAGAGUUGGAGACCAGUGUAGAUAAACUUCAGAAGGAGGUGGAGCAGCUGAGAGAGCAGAGGAACCAACAAAAGCAACUUGCUGACUCCAAUGCUAGACAAAGAGACAUGUACAAAGCCCUGUUAACCCAGAGCACUGGCUUCAAUCUGCUAUCUCAAGAUUUUUCCUAUCCGCCACCUGUUCGGCCAUCACUCCCAGUAACUCGCUCUUCGCCUCAAAGAGCAGCUGGUGCUGCUGAAGCUGUGCAAACUGUUCAGGCUAAAACUGCAUUAAAACAGCUAAAUGACGCCUUCACCCUGUAUAAGAAAGAAAAGGCAGAGAACGACAGAAUGUUGAAUGACUCUCAUGAUAGACUGGAGAGGCAGCUGACUGAGGUUCGCUCCACAAAUGCAAAAUUGAUUUCCCAAUUGGAGUUUAGCAACAAGAGGUAUGAGAUGCUCCAGGAGACUGUCACAGCAUUUCGAAGAGAGACGUCAGCCCUCCAGGACAGGAACCAAAAAAUGGCUGCGAUGGUGCAAAGGCAUGAGCACAUCAUCCACUCUAUGAGCCAGGAUCUGCGGCAAGCUAAUGAAAAACUGGCACUUGAGGAGGUACGCGUUGAGAACUUGACUAAAGAGAGAGACAUGUUAAAACAAGCAGAGAGUCGAUUUAAUCGAGAGAAAGAGGCCAUGCUGGCAGAGCAACGUAACCAAAACCUACUACUCACCAAUCUCAAGACCAUACAGUUAACUAUGGAGCGUACAGACACAGACAUUCGUCAACAACUAAACAGUAAAAUUGAGAAUUUGGAAACAGAAUUGGCCUCAAUGAAGACUCGGCUGGAGCAGGAAGUAGCUCAGAGGCAUACCCUUGGACGUAAUAUGGAUGCUCAGUUGGUUGAAGCUAAAAAACAACUUGAGACACAGAACACGUUGCAGCAGAAGACUAGAGAUUUAUUGAAGAACUCUGAACAGCAAGUGACUGCGCUGAAGGCUCAACUGGCUUCUGUCUCAUCUGAGGGUGUGAGCACUCCAGCAACCAGAGCGGCAACUCUAAGAACACCUGUCAGAGUGCGCUCUCCAGUUCAAAGUACUCAGCAUCCUGGCCUGACCGAACUGGCUGAAGUCAAAGCUAAUCUAAAUGCUGCAGAGGAACAGAAACACAAACUAGCGGAGCAGCUAAAAAAUGCUAAUGCAAAUGUUGAGCAGUACAGAGCUGUGGUUCUGACUUUGGAGGACAGUCUGAAGAAUGAGAGAGAGCAACGCUCUCCCCUUGAAAUGCGACUCAAGGAGUCAGAAGACAUCCAGAAGCAGCUGGAAAAUAGAAUAUUGGAGGUGGAGAAAAAGAAUCAGCAAGCGCAAGAGGAGAGGAAGAAGGCUUUGGACACAGUUGAGAAACAAGUGAGUGACCUGCAACGUAGUCUGAAAGCCAGUCAAGCUGAGCAGCAGGAGGCACUGGCAAGAGCUACGAAAGCUGUCACUCUUGAGCAGAAGGCCAUACAAGAGAGCCUGCUGCAGACUAAGCAAGCUGUGGAGGCUCAAGCUAAAUACGAGCGAGAGCUGAUGCUUCAUGCUGCAGAUGUGGAAGUCCUCAAGGAGUUAAAGAAAACAUUGCAACAAGAGACAACACUGAAGAGAGAGAGGGAGGAGCAACUCAACAAGGUCAACUCACUGUUACAAGAGAAAACUGAAAGCUGGACCAUUUUGGAGAAGCAACUGAAGGAUCAAUUGGCUUGUCAGAAUCAUCGCUAUGAAGAGCUGGGGAUUCAGAACACUCUGCUGCACCAACAGAUGGAUGAAAUGGCGGCAAGGACUCGUCAACAGCAACCACAGCAGGAGUUUGACCUCUCAUUAACUGAGGAAGGGAAGACGCUUGAGCAGAUACAAGAAAUACUCAGGUUUGUGCGGAAAGAGAAGGAGAUUGCUGUCGCCAGAUGUGAGGCCUCUGAAGGAGAAGCUAUCCGCUGCAAACAGCGAAUAGAACAUCAAAACCAGGAACUUAAAGAGCUUCAGGAAUCUCUUAAUGCUGAGAGAGAGAAGCUGCAGACCACAUUGAAGACCCUUGGUCAUAAAGAGGCGCAGCUGAAAAACAUGGGAAAUAUCAGCACUAUCCAAGAGACCAACAAGAUGCUGAAAAUGGAGAGGGACAAACUGGAACAGGAGUUACAACAAGCACAGGCAAAGAUAAAGAAACUGGAAUCCAACAUCAGCCCACUGCAUGAGUCAUUGUCUCAGCUUUCUGACCGAAAUGGCUCUCUGCAAGCUGAUAAAAGGUUGUUAGAAGAAGAUAUCAAACACUUGAAAGCCAAAAUACAGCAACUUAUUAGUCUGCAGAAAGAUGGUGAUGUUGAGGAAAAACAAAAACUCACUUCCGAGAGGGAGGCACAGCAGAGGCGAAUCUCCCAGCUUGUUGAAGAGACAGCCAAGCUGAAGACUGAGCUAGCCAGAUCCAGCACCACCACAAACUCAGCCCAGUCUCAGGUGAAAAGCCUCAGAGAAUCUUUGACCCGCUUAACAGCAGAGAAAGAGACACUGAAAAAAGAAAUCGGAACAAAAAACAGUGAUAUUUUAGAGAAGAAUAAGACCAUCACACAGGUGAAGAAGAUAGGACGCCGGUACAAGACCCAGUAUGAAGAGCUUAAAGCCCUGCAUGAUAAGCUUUUGGAAGAAACUACAGCUAAAAAUCAAGGUGAAGCAAGUCAGGUAGAGCAGCAGGAUGUCAUGAAAAGCCAAGAGGAGCUAAACAAGGUCAAAGCGGAGCUCAAUGCUUUAAAGGAGGCCAUGCAGGAAGCCAGAAACUCUCAGCAGGAGCUUCAGAAUGCACAGGAGGAAAACCAGCAGACCAAGGAAAAGUUUCAGGAAAUCCAAAACCAAUUAACACAGAACCAAAUUCAUCUUACACAGGUUCAAUCGCAAUUGGCCCAGACACAGGCACAGUUGCAACAGAGUCAGAAAGAGCUCCAACAAGCCAAGACUCACACACAGCAGAUACAAAACCAACUGAGAUCAUCUCAGUGUCAGGCUCAGGCCCGUCAAAACCAGAUUCAACGGAUGCAGAAAGAGCUCCAGCAGGCUAAAGAUUCCCACCAGCAAAACCUGACCACUCAUAAAAAACUGCAAGAAACCCACCAAGAGGACCUUAACAAUCUUAAAAUGUCUUUGAGCCAAGCAGAGAGUCAGGUGUCUGAGCUCCAGGGCCAGGUGGACACGCUGCAUAAAAUGAUUUCUGGUCAAGAAACAGAAAAUAAACACCUUCAAGAACAGCUAAAAGAAGUAAAACAAGCCAAUGAAACUCUCAGAGUUGCACAGACAAACCAGAACCUGUCUAUCCAGGCCAGUAAUGACAAUACUACAACUGAUACAAAUCUGUCCUUACAAGAGGAGCUUACAAAACUCAGAGAGGAGCUGUCUGAGAGCAAGCACAAGGAGGAACAGCUCAAACAGCAGAUAGCUGAUAAAGAAGAGAAGACUAAGAAGGCCUUUGUUGGAGCCAAGACCAAAAUAAACCAGCUUAAUUCUGCAAAAGAGAAUCUGAGCAAGGAGGUGGAACACCUCAAACAGAGUAAGGAGGAACUAGAGGUAAGAAUGAACGCCCUAAAGUCCCAGUAUGAAGGAAGACUUCUUCGCCUUGAUCGGGAACUGAGGGAGACUCAAACUCACACUGAGUGCAGAGACGAAACCCAGGACCAAAGUGGAUCUAAGGUGGGUGAUCAGAACAGGUCUGUAGACCAAAGACAGAUCUCUCUGAAGAGUGCAGCCCAGGACAGGAGCAGCUCUAGCUUGUCUGAAACGCCCACUGCCAAUAUCCGCCCCACUCCAAGUACUCAGUCUACUAGCAACAAACCAACCCCAUCCCCUGGGAGCAAGUCAACACCCCGUGCCAGCAUCCGACCUAUGGUCACCCCACCAACUGUCCCCAUCCCAACACCCACUGCCACUGUAAUGCCAACCACACAGACUGAGAGCCAAGAGGUGUUGAUGCCUGCAGGAGCGACUGGUCCUACUGUCAUCACCAGUCUUAACACACCCUCAUCUGUCACGCAACCAAACAGCACACAGACUACAGCAUUUGUCCAGCCCACUCAGCAGCAGCAGGCCUCUUCUCAGGAUGUAGGCAGCAGUAUAGACACAGAGCGGCCAUCUACAUCCGCCUCCGUGGUUGGAGCAUCAAGUUCAAAGAGAAGUAGAGAGGAUGAUGUGGAGGAAGAGGAUAUCAGACCAGAGAGUUCCUUCACCUCGACAACUGCAAAAAAGCUGAGAGUGAGACAAACUGUGACACUGCCGAUGGAAGAUGAUGAGGAGAUAGAAGAUCUAAGGGAUGAAGGUGAAAUGCAAGAUUCGCCUGAUAAUAGUCAGGAGCUUCCAGAAGAUAGUUUUCCUGUUAUCCCUGAAGAUGACGACGUACAAGAGGAAGACAUGUCCCAGUCAGUCCCUUCAGAUCGGGCAUCCCCUCACGACUCGGGUCUAACCCGUGAAGUUAUUAAAACUGACAGCGAAAGCCCUGAGAACACGGGUGAGAAACCAGAAACCACAGGUGAAGAGGAAGAAGAGGGUGAAGAAGAGGGAGAGAAUAAACUGGACGAGGCAGAGGAAGAUGACGACGAUGAGGAGGAGGAAGAUGCAAGUAACCUUGCUUUGAAGGAAGGAGAGGAAAGCAAUGAGGAAGAUGGGGUUGCAGAAGGACAAGAGCCAUCAGUUCCCACCAUUGCUGAGGAGAAUGACUCCCAGUGUCCCCCUGAACCAUCCCACAGCAGUGAAGUGAGCAGCAACGCCGAGUCGGAAUCCCAAAGAGAAGCUGUCCACAUCCCCCCGACCCCUUCCCCUUCAACACCUUGCCCUUCCUCUUCUUCUCUCACACUUCGCCUACCCCAACCUCGAAGGCCCCCACACUCUCUUCCACCGCGACUGUACAUCCAACCCCCAUCUUCAGAGCUAGGACCCCCCCACAUGCAGAGACAGUCAUCUCAACUUCGACGACAAUCAGUUGGCCGAGGACCACAGCUGACUCCCGGAAUAGGCAGUAUGCAACAUUUCUUUGACGAUGAUGACAGGAUGGUUCCAAGCACUCCUACCUUGGUUGUCCCUCACCGUACUGAUGGCUUUGCUGAAGCUAUACACUCUCCUCAGGUUGCAGGUCUGUCCACAAGGUUUAGAUUUGGACCUCCUGAAGAUCUGCUGCCUCAGACCUCAGCAUCACACUCAGACCUGGGACAACUGGCCUCUCAAGGAGGUCUGGGCAUGUAUGAGUCUCCACUGUUCCUUGCUGCUCAUGAGGAGGAUGGAGGAGGAAGAAGUGUCCCCACAACACCUUUGCAGGUGGCUGCACCUGUGACCGUCUUUACAGAGUCUCUGCCCUCAGACAGCGUGGACAACAUGGCAUCCCAAUCUGUUCCCAUGGUAACUGCCUCGACGGGGAUGUCUGCGCCUGGUGAGGAUGUUGAUGAGGUCUUCAUUGAACAAGAAGAAGGUCCUACUGCUGAAGUUUCUUUAGACAGCCACGCUGACAUGGAAACAGGAGGACAGCAGAGUGAAGAUGCAUCACUUCCAUCCACCAGUCAAGACCCAGAUUCCUCCACAAUUUUCAACACAUUGAGCAACACUAGUGGUGUCACUCAGAGGCGCACAGUGACCAGUCAACCUGUGAUGAGCACCCCACUCAGCAGAGGAUCCAGAGGAAGGGGCGAAGGACGCAUGCUGAUCAGCCGCAGAGGGACAAUUGGUCGCUCAAGAGGAGGAUCAGGGAGAGGGAGUGCCAACUAAAUAUCAGUUCACUCAAACCACACCUGCCAUCCAAUGAAGAAUCAAGACAAAUACAUUAUGAGGAUCAAUGUAUUCUUGAGUUUGUCACGCUAUUGACAAAUUUGUGAGAUCAUAUGUGAUCUUUAUUGUAUAUUCAGUGGUCUUGUGAUUUUGGCAUCAGAGCCAGUGUUUUUUUUGUGUGCAUUGUUUAAUGCUUUGCAGUUGUUAUAAUUUUAUUAGUCCUAUUUUAUAAAAAAAUACCAUGAUCUCCUAAUAAAAUUUAUAACAAGAA